UGCGUCUGGUUUUAGCGGCACAAGAGAAACGUGUGUAGCGUGUUGUUUUGGUAAUAUUUCUUACAUUUUGUUCAAUCUUGAAUAAUAAUAAAAUAAAAUAAUUGUUAAAGUUUAGUCGUGGGUUUGUAACUAAGGAAAUUACCUCGCGCUGAACCUCGAUACUAUAUAUUUUUCUACGAGUCACUAGCCCCUGUCCUUCACCAUGAUCAUCCCUGUUCGCUGCUUCACUUGUGGGAAAAUCGUUGGGAACAAAUGGGAGGCGUAUUUAGGUCUUCUUCAAGCGGAGUAUACAGAGGGUGAUGCUCUCGAUGCUCUGGGUUUGAAGAGAUACUGCUGUCGCCGGAUGCUUCUGGCCCACGUGGAUCUUAUCGAGAAGUUGUUGAAUUAUGCACCGCUGGAGAAAUGAGGAGCUUUCUGUGCAAUUGAAGAUGAAAAUCCCGCUCGGCCUCACGUAUUUUCAAAGACUUGAUCCUAAUGGAAGAUAAUACAGGCGUGGGCUUCAACACAAACACGGCUGGUUCAUUAGAAUACAUCUGAAGAAACGUAUUAUGUGGAAUGUUUAUUAGCAUCUUGUUUAUUAGCAUUUUGUUUGUUAGCAUUUUGUUAAAUAAAGAUUGAAAUAUC